GACGCACCAGCUCACGCAUUUGCUCACACCCAGAGGGAGAGACAGCACAGGACUGCCACUUCCCAUGCAAAUCACCCCCAGGAGCACAGCUGGGCUCCUCCCGCUGCUCCUGGGCAAUGCUCCUGGGCAGACCUUGUACAAGAUGCCAUCUGGGGCGCUGUGUAUUUUUCCUCAUUGUGGCUCUUUUGAGCGACGCUGUGGGCCUGAUCCUUUUGCUGCUGGGGAUCUUUGCCACACUAAACUACUGGGACUUCUUGGUCUACACAGGGGCUCUGGUGCUGGCCCUGAGCCUGUUGUUCUGGCUUGCCUGGUAUUCCUUCAAUAUCGAGGUGCCUCUUGAGAAGCUGGACUUUUAGUGUGGCCAUGGACAGGAGAGAUGCAGGUGGCAUAUGCAGCUAUGAACCUGGGGCCACCUGGACAUGAAGCCCCCAUCCCCGCCCCAGGAAUGCCCCACUGGGACCAGGAAACUGAAUGAGGUGGUGAGUGGAGGACAGAGAAGGAGGUUGAGAGUGCUAAUCAAAAAUGAACCUCGCCGGCGUUGGUGGCACACGCCUUUAAUCCCAGCACUCGGGAGGCUGAGGCAGGCGGAUCUCUGUGAGUUUGAGACCAGCCUGAUCUGCAGAGCCAGUUCCAAGACAGCCUCCAAAGUUACACAGAGAAACCCUGUCUUGAGAAACGAAAAAAGACGGCCCACUGGGACUUGGGGAGGGUGUGGAAUCAAAAGCCCAAGACAAGGCUUUACCUUUGUCUUGAAAGAGUCAGCAUUUGAUAAGCACCUUAUGUGUAAGCAACUGAAUUUAUCUUCACUGCUACCAAGUCAGAAUAAAGGACUGAAACCUCCAUUUGACAGGUGGAAGAAAUCCAAGUCUCAGAUUUGUUUCAAGUCAUCCAAGAAAAGCUUGUGGGUGUUGAGGGACUUGGGCACUGGGACUUCGACCCAAGUGUGGCCACUGAGUCUUCUGUACCUUUGCCCAGCACAGGUCUGUCUGACACAGAAGAAUCAAGUCCAGAUGCGCUCUCUUCACAGUGCAUCCUUUGUAGCAUCCAAGAGGGACCCAGACGCUACAACGAUGAAGCUUUCACAUCACCCACAAGGACAGUCACAAAGGACUGGGACUACCACAUUCCUAUCUAUAACCCAAGGCCCCCUGCAUCAAACCACUAAGACUACCGCCACCAUCCCAGGAGUUUGUGAGCGACUGAGAAGCCACGAAGUUCCACCAGCGGGGAUAUUAUGGGAACCACUCUGCUACAGGGUUAGAUACCAAGGAAACCUCUGGCCAAAGUUCUUUCUGCAAAUUGCCCAUUGGAAUCAAGCACAGACACCCAUCUGGGGUUUCCCAUAAAUGUGUAUCAUAUGGUACUGCUGCCAUGUCCCUUUGACACUCACUGGGCUCUGAGCCCCUGGCUACUCUUCAUCCCACCACUCAGGAUACACAGAAGCAGAUUCCAACAUGGAUACUGAAACAUGAAUGCACAGCCAACGUGCACGCAAGAGAACUCUCCAUACUGACGAACAUGCUGGCACUGCUCACACAGGUGCGGAGCCAGCCAUAGGACUGCUCACAUUGAGCUUCAGGUCGACUGAAACAUUCUGGCAUUUUUUGACAAGCACUCUAGGCCUCUGUUCUGUUGUCUGUGUGUUGUUUGAAACUUCAAGAAGACCAUAUUUCUAGCCAGAUUACAUGUAGUCCAAUAUAGCCUGACCCCAGUAUCUACUGAAGACCUCCAUUCCUGGGCUGAUUGGAAAGAUGCACUGUUUUAUAACCCAGACUGACUUACUUUGCUAAUUUAUAUUUCCCAGGGUCUGAUUUUGCACUUUGUAUUUAUAAUAUGCCAUAAAUGUACAAGUUUCCUUUAAGCUGCCUCAUAUCUUUUAUGGUAUGGAGUAGUUGCCUAAAUAAAGAAAUGGAUAUGUUGUUA